UAAAAGAACAUGUUGUGGACAACAUAAGAUCCCGAGAGGCCUUAUUUUAGAAGUUUGGGUAUUCCUCCACAAAAAUUCUCAGCUAAUUUGUCUUCGAAUGUCUAAGCCAAAGUUAGAUGGUAAGGUGGCCCUGAUCACCGGUGCGGCUAGCGGGAUUGGCAAGGAAGCGGCGAGGCUGUUUGCGGAUAAUGGUGCGUUCGUUGUCCUCGCAGAUGUCCAGGAUGAGCUGGGGCAGAAGGUCGCUGCAUCCAUAGAUCGCGAGAGGGCUUCUUUCUGCCACUGCGACGUGCGAGACGAGAAGCAGGUGGAGGAGGCCGUGAGAUACGCGGUGGAGAAAUACGACCGUCUGGAUGUGCUUUUCAGUAAUGCCGGGAUCAUAGGACCCAUGACCAGCAUCCUGGACAUGGACAUGGACGGGUUCGACGACACUUUUCUCACCAAUGUCCGGGGAGUCGCCGCCACGAUCAAGCACGCUGCCCGGGCCAUGGUUGCCAGGAACAUCAGGGGUUCUAUCAUCUGCACAUCCAGUGUUGCGGGAUCCCUUGGUGGGGCGGGCCCUCACGCUUACACCGUGUCGAAGCAUGCACUGGUCGGCCUUGUUCGCACGGCCUGUAGCGAGCUCGGGGAACAUGGGAUCCGGGUCAACUGCAUAGCUCCAUUCGGGAUAGCCACGCCACUCUCGUGUAAGGCAUACAACCUCGAGCCGCAUCAGGUCGAGUCCAACAGUUCUGCGCUAGCCAACUUGAAGGGUGUAGUCCUAAAGGCUCGGCAUGCCGCCGAGGCAGCACUGUUUCUUGCGUCCGACGAUUCCGCCUACAUAAGCGGCCACAACUUGGCCGUGGACGGCGGCUUCGCGGUGGUUAACCACAGCUUCUCUGCCAUCUAAAAAGUGCUUAUUUGUCACAUACUCCUCCAAGCUGGCAAUCGUUUAUGAUUAUUGGGCUUAAUUUUUUUUUUCCGAAUCAAUGUAAAAUUGGAAUGGAAUUCGUCUUUUGUGUAUGAAGGUCAAACCUUAUUAUUGGCACUUCCCAUGUGCAUUUUGCUUCUGAAACUCUGCAUCAAAUACCAAAAAAUAUAUAUUUCUGAUAUUAGAAGAUAUAUAUUAUGUAUUACUUCAAAGGAAAAAAAUAAAUAUUAUCCAGCUUAUGAGAGCUCA